GAAUGAACGCGUGACAUGCUCACUGGAUGGCUGUACAGGGGUUCACGCAUAUCAUGCAGGGAGGUCAUGAUGUCAUGCAGAUUUGCCAUGAGUCAUGACCACAUGCACAGGCACUCGACAAUACACACCCUUUUGCUACACACCCGCUCGUGCCUCAUGCCGGCCCGCCGUCACCGUAUCAGCUGCAGACAGGAAGCAGUGACGACAUCGAGUGUGUCUGCAGAGGGCCAACGUGGCGCCUGUGUGUCUUGUAUGGUGACGUGUGCCGUAUGGUCGACUCAGCCACUGCCCGCCUGCACACACACAGGCAAACAUGGCGCCGCCUCAGCACAUGCAGCCAUGAGUGCUGUGUGCCCUCCCCGCCCUCACCUGUUUGAUGUGCCAUAUCUCAAUCUCGCUCGCUGUGAAGUCACGGUGCGCCGCCAGCGUUCCACUCCCACUCUCACUGAUCUCGCCUCUGUACCCCCGCGGCAAGGACUCCCUGUUGAUCCACAGCUGGCAGCUUCUGAUGUCGGCUGCCUGACCAGGCCGGGCCCACCCGAGCCACAGACAUGCAGCGCCGAAGGCGAUGACCAUGUUCGCGUUGCGGUCCGUGUUGAUGGCCUUUGCCGCCCCCCGUGUGCCGGCCACGCUCAGCCACUGCCUGUCCUCGGGUAUCUCGAUCUUGCGCGGCACAUCAUACGCGCCCGACAGCCAGUAGAAGAAGACGGGCACCUUGUACGCGUUGCUCUGUGUGGGGUUGGCUGGCGGGGUGAGUGGGCCGUCGAGGAAGCAGCCGAAUCGGUGUGUGUCGCCAUCUCGGAGGGCGAAGAGCAGGCCGCUCUUGCCCGCCACACACUGGAGCAUCUUGGGGAACGCAUACGUGUCGCGACUGCCCCUGAGGGAUGGAAGGCACACAACGCAUACACACACUGGCUGUCGUCUGCUCUGUCUGUCGUACUUGUAUAGCAGCGAUGGCGCCGCUGCGAUCUUCUUGUUCGUCAUGUUCAUCACUGAUGUCCACUCGUCAGCCCUCUCGAUGACGGUACUCUCUGACGGCACCGUGUUGAGGCCGUACAUACCCAGCUCGACGCCGAACACCUCCUUCUCGUGGGGCGCGACGACCGGCGGAUGCACAAAUCGCCCGUCUGGCAUGACGGUCAGCCUGCGGGCGAAGUCCACGGUGAGUUGCAGGAACUCAAGGGACGUCUGAUGCACAUCCUGGUCGGGCCACUGAGUCCUGAACCGCAGGAAAACGGCACACACGCAGGAAAGAGAUCGAAUGGUAUGCGUGUCGGGGGUCUGGUCUCCUUUCGUACGGAUCGAAACGCUUGACAAGUGCGUGAGUCGGUCCGAGGGGUGCGAUGGUGCGGCGGAGAACCGACACCUUGUCCUCACACACAGUCAGCGUCACCACCUGGUCACUCUCACCGCUGCUAUCUCCCUUGACGAAGGGUCGCAUGGCCGUCAAGAAGGCCGCCAUCCCCUCCUUCUGCUUCCGCAGCCAGGCGAGGGCUCGGCGGUAGCUCUUGGUGUAGUGCUCCAUCUCCCGAAACGCAGCCUCGGCCGCUGACUCACUCACACCCUCCUCACCACCCUCGCCCUCCCCCGCCCCCGCCCCGCCCCCGCCGCUACCGUCAGCCAUCUCUACAUCCCGCUGCUCGCCUCCCCCUCCAGCUGCCGCUGCUGCUGCUGCCGAGGCGCUCGGCGCCUGUGGCUGCUCCUCGAUGUCACCGCCCAGCUUUUGCAUGAACAGCGAAUGAUACUCGGCGUAGGAGGGGUCGUCGCUCUUGGGAGGGAGGAGGGGGGUCUCGUUCAGGUGAGGGCUCUCGAGCAGCGCCAGCUGGUCGCGCAGCCAUUUGAAGUAGGGCGGGUGCAUCUCGAGGUACGGCAGCUUGUUGGUGUCCUUGGGCAGGGCGUCGAUGAAGUGCAGCAGCAGGGUGGAGAGGUAGGUGAGCUUCAUCCUGGGGUGAAGGAGCCGCUGGAUGGGCAUGGCAAUGACAGUGCCGCCCACGUUGAGCCUCAGGUUGCCGCUUGUCUUAUCCACCUUCAGCUUGCCGCCAUUUCCGAGAAUCAUCUGGCUGAUCUCACUUGCCAGCCCCUCGACCGCCGUUUCAGCCGAAGCGGCCGCCUGUUUGAGGCCGUCAAUCGACGCAGCCACGUCCCUGACGAGCACAUCACCCUCCUCGCGGCCGGUGAUGACGCCAUGCAGCCGAAAUGGGGCGAUUGACUCAUCGGCUACUUCACUGUCGUCAUUCUUUCGCUUCUUCGUGCCACCAGCUCCUGCUGCGGCGGCCGACAUCAUGGGAAAUCG